AAAUCUGAUUUUUUCUUUGUUGGCCGGGGUUGGGAGGAGAAAUGGGAAAGAAACAUAGAAUGGCGAAUUGGGCAGAGCUUCCAAAGGAAUUGUGGGAAAACAUCGCAAAACUCCUCCAAACCCCGAUCGAUGUAAUAAGAUUUCGCAGCGUCUGUAAAUCAUGGCGUUUCUCUAUCCUUCCAAACCCCACCAUCCAAACUCCUUCUCUUCCACUCGGAUUCCACGUUCCUGGUCCUGAUCCAUUCGCAUUUACCACCGUUAGUGUCUCUCAGACCAGGCUCUUCCAUGUCCAACCAUCAACUUUAUCAUCAUCGUCAUCUUCUAAGGUUAAGGGUUGGCUGGUGAAGCUUCAAGACUCUGAUUCUGGCAAAAUGCGUCUGUUCCUCCCCUUUAACCCCGGAGUCAGACAUUUCCCUCGCAAAUCUCAAGAGGUAUUGAAUUUAUUGGAUUUUCGGGUCGUCGAAUUAGGAAUUUCUUAUGCGCUUACGUUUUCCAUGGGAUUUUCUAGUCGGUCUGUUUCUGCUAAUAAAGUUGUGGUUAAGUUGGAUAAUUCUGGGUCGGGGAUCGGUUUUGCCGAGUUUGCAUCUGUUUAUGAUGGACUGCUGGGUUUUUGGAAACUGGGAGAUGAUCAAUGGAGCUUUCUAGCUGGUGAAAGGUUUUAUUACCAUGAUAUUGUUUCUCAUAAGGGCCAGUUCUAUGCAGUUGACAGAUGGGGUUUAGUUGAUUGGAUAGAUUCGUCGUCCUUGAAUCCCAUUCAGUUUUCGCCUCGGUUGCCUGAUGAUAUCGAUAGGCCCAACUGGAAGAAAAAGCAGAAGCAUUUGAUUGAUUCUUGUGGGGAUAUUUAUUUGAUCGAUAAGUUUCUUGAUGAAGAGCGCGUUUGGAACUGCCUUGAACCUCCUGGGUUGCAUUAUAAUUAUGAUGCUACUGUGGUUGGUUUCCAAGUUUAUAAGUUGGAUCAAGAAUGGGGAAGAUGGGUUGAGGUGAAAAGCUUGGGUGACCGAGCAUUUCUUUUGAGUAAUGACAGCUCUAUCUCGUUUUCGACUCGAGACUUGGCCGGUUGCAAAAGGAACUCCAUUUACUUCACAGAUAAUUUAAAAGUCAGUUCAUGUAAUUGUAAAUGUCGAGUUUUUGACUUGGAAGAUGGAAGCAUUAAGGACCUAGGAUCUUUGCCAAGCAGCUAUUCUGAGAUAUUCGAGCCGCCCUGGUGUUGGCUCAGCACAGUUUAGUGUACAUCUGAAUGCUGAAAAGCAAGUAUGACAUAUUUUGUUUAUAUUUUACUUUUCCUUAUAGAACUUUGUACUUCUUCAAUGUUUCUAGAUUUUGACUUAGUAUUUUACUCUA